AUGGAGUAUGAACAUAAUUUAGUAAAACAGUCAAAAUCAAAUACUAAAUGUAUAUACUCUUAUAUAAACAGUAAAACCAAAAUAAAAAACACUAUUAGAGCCAUAAGAGAUAUAAAUAGUGAUAUUACAACAAAUGGUAAAACAAUAUGCAACACAUUAAACACAUUUUUCAGUUCAGUAUUCAUAAUUGAAAAUAGCAAAAAUAUUCCAUUAUUUGAAAAAAAAACCUUUCUAAGUUGUCCAUAUCCAAAAUUGGAGAAAUUAUUAAUUGAGACAAAACUCAUUAAAAACAAAUUAAACACAAAUAAAACAACAGGGGUUGAUAAAGUAUAUACAAGAGUGUUGAAGGAAUGCUUGCAAAGUUUAUUUAAACCAUUAGAGUCAAUGUUUAAUCAAUCAUUCGAAAGUGCAACUCCACCAAACUUAUGGUUGCAUGCAAAUAUAACACCAUUGCAUAUAAAAGAUGACAUACUUGAACCAGCUAACUACAUACCAAUUUCAUAA